UUAGCAUGUGCGGGCGCACCGUAUCAGCUGCGCGAAUGAUUUUUGUGGCACAGUCGACUGCUCGGGACUGAGCGCGAGGGAGGACCUGACGUUGCGGAUUCGAGCUUUCGCGAGGAGAACGGACACGCGCUCCGUUCUUUCAGGGAGGAUUUGUUUCGUGGACACGAGCGCAGGUGAACCUGAAGGCAGAUUGGAGUGAUGUGGAAGUCUGACCCACAGGGAACGGUUGCUCUCCACAUGUCCUCUCCGAGGGGACGUUGCAGGAACACUCUUGAGACGCACACCUCUUCUUGAACCAGAGACGUCUCCCACGGCGUGUCACCGGCUGGUCUUCUCCUUCUCUUUUGUUCUCUAUUUCCUGUUCCUCUCUCUCUCUCUCUCUCUCUCUCUCUCUCUCUCCCCCCCUCCCCCCUCCUCCACACUGCUGCCAGACUUGUCCCAGUGUUGUCCUGCUGGACAGCAGGUACCAGGCAUGGCAGCCAAGGCCCCCAUCUACCUGAAGCGGAGGAGCCGCAAGGGCAAGAAGGAGAAGCUCCGCGACCUGCUGUCGUCAGACAUGAUCAGCCCGCCAUUGGGCGACUUCCGCCACACCAUCCACAUCGGCGGCGGUGGCGCCGACGACCUCUUCGGCGACCUCUCCUUCCUCCAGGGCAAGUUCCACCUGCUGCCGGGGCAGCGCGACCACCAGGGGGCGUGCGAGCUGAGCCGGGCUGCCAGCGUGAGCGGCACCCCGCCGGUCAGUGACGGCUCGCCGCUGCUGAAGAACGCCCUGUCGCUGCCGGUCAUUGGCGGCGUGCAGGCGCUCACCCUCCCGGCGGCGGGCGGGGCGCCCUCACCGCAGCAACCGCCGCCCCUGGCCCCGCCUCCCAAGCCCCCCAGGCUGCACCUGGAGUCGCCGCCCACGUCCCUGCCCGCCUCGCCCAGCCGCUCGCCUCCUUUGCCCCUCGGCCCCGGGCCGGACGCCAGGCACAUGGCGGGUCAAGGCGAGGAAGAGGAAGAGGAAGAGCGGCCAUACCUGUCGCAUGCUGGCUCCCUCCUCUCACUGCACCUGGACCUGGGGCCGUCCAUACUGGACGAUGUCCUUCAGAUCAUGGACGGUCAGAGGACAGGAGCCUUCAACGGAGGCUUCACACCCAGUGGACGACAGGAAGUCUACAUUUGAGAGAGAGAGAGAGAUCAUUUCUUUUCCAUUUCUACAAAGCGUGAAGGACAUGCUCUCCCAGCAGGGGCGUAUCCUUUAGGAGAGAGAGAUAUUUUAGCCUUUGUCUCUCUGUCCCGAACAGGGUUGGACGUCCCUUCUCUCUGCUCACACGGUCUCACUGCACAUGUAGUGGUUUCUUCUGUCUCAGCUGCUGACUUCAUAAAGGCCCUGCACCACUUGGGUCCUCUGAAGCAGUCUGAACACACCUGAUCUACAGCCUGGAUUCCUCUUACAGACAUACUGUGUAUAUAUAUGUGUGUGUGUGUUUGGCCAGAGUCCGGAUCACUUUUAGUUGCGCUGAGAUAUUAAGUGCUGGAAGAGAUAAACCUCUCCCCCUCUGAUCACCUAAGCUGACUUCCUGUCUCCCCUUGGUGGUGCACCAGAUUGUGUAUCAGGGAGAAAGUCCGUAACCCUCCCUGCCUUCUGAGCCUCCUUCUCGUGAGGGAAGCUUCCGUCAACUCCAGUGACUGCAAAUGAGGAAAAUCUGGGAAAAUGGUGCGGGGCUUCCCAGUGGAAGUGUGAAAUAGACCAGAGCCAAGUCUUUCCCACCUUGUCUCUCUCUGGCCAUUCCUGUGCCCCCUUAGCUCUGUCAGUAUCAGAAGAACAAGCUUGUUGAACCUUUAACUCCACAUCUAGAGGUCAAACCCGAUGGACAUUUCACAUCAGUAUUCAGGAAAAAAUGUCAUUUUGCUGCUGGGUCAGUCGGUAACAAGCAUCACCGCGUGAUAUUACUAAUUUAAAUCAACCAAAAGUAAUCAUUACAAUAUAUUAACUUGCUGUCAAGGUUAAAGAGGGACUGGCUGGUGAUGUCACCAUGUAAACCCUCUGUAGAAUGUUCUGGCACAUUGCCUUGGUUUGCAGGUGCCUCAGGCUUGCUGGGCCCAGUCGAGGUGCCCACGUCGACACAUGUUCAUCAGCUAGGCUUCUGAUUGGUCGGAAGACCCAUCAGUUGCAGGGCUGCAGACAAGGACGCCUGAGAGUGUGACGAUUUUAUUCUCCUUGUCAAUAAUCAAAUGGCCAAAAUUUCUACUCAUCUUUGUUAAAACUUUGGGAGUGAUUCUGUGGGGAGAGGGGUUAGUCUGUUACCGUAGGGUCAUGGAACUCCCAGAAUAUUCUCUGAAAUGAAAACUAUGAAAAUGUUUAAUGAACACGUGUGUUUGUUUUUGUUUUCCUUGAACGUGAGUGCUAUAAUCUCCUGGGGACGUGUGGAGGUUUUAUGGGUUUCUGUGUUCAGCCAUUACGGCGAUCUGAAUCCAACCUCUGCCUUGCUCAAGUGUGGAAGAACCCGGAUACGUCCGUGUAUGUGGUAUCCGGAGAAAAGCCUUUCCCCCCCCCCUGCCUUGUCAUCCCUGACACUAUGAUGCUAUAGGUCAACACACGAUUCCUCUGAUCGGAUUGAUUUAAAGGGAUGGCGCCUUCCAAAUUGUUGAUGCUGCUAAUAACAUGCAUGCAAAUAUCACAAAUAUCACUAAUUAGAAUACACGCAAAUGACUAGUGGGAAGCUGACAAUUCUCAUCCAUUGGUGGACGCAUUAGCAUUUGUUUGGUUAAAUGAAUGUUUCUUAAAGGAUCUGUGUCCUUUUUUUUUUCUUCAUUAAAACCUUACAAAGGGUUGAUUUUA